AUUUGUAUUUUAAUGCAAACAUUCGAUUGUUGUUUAACCAGAAAAAAAAAACACACAGUUCAAGUUACAACAGGAGAAAUUCAGGAGGAUAUAUUACGUUCUGCUCCCACUAUCGGCGAUCGAUCUUCAUGUACGUGUAGACGCUGCUUAAGCAUCAACGGACGGCACUGCCACAAUCCGAUGUAAAUAAUUACACAAAGUUGUGUGAUGUUGCGUGAAGACAUCGAAAACCAAUCCUUCUCAUCAGUACAACGGUAGUGAAGCGAUGGACGGCACGGACUUUUUACUGGGAGGAGUCGGUUCCAUGGCAGCUACGCUAAUAACGAACCCGCUAGAGGUCGUUAAAACGAGGAUGCAGCUUCAGGGGGAACUGGCUGCGAAAGGAACCUACCACAAGCCUUACCGGAGCGUGGUCGAUGCGUUUAUUACGAUCGCAAAAAAGGACGGGUAUGCAGCGCUACAGAAGGGUCUGGCACCGUCCCUGUGCUUCCAGUUCAUACUCAACUCGUGCAGAUUAGGCAUCUACAAUACGGCCAACGAACACGGAUGGACCAAGCAGCGGAACGGCAAUCAAUCGAUUCUGAAGAGUGCCUUCUGGGGUGCAACGGGAGGAUUCGUCGGAUCGGCUUUAGCGAGCCCAUUUUUUAUGCUACGCACCCAUCUGCAAUCGCAGGCCAAGGCAGAAAUUGCGGUCGGUUAUCAGCACCAGCACACCGGGAUGAUAAGCGCCAUGAAAGACAUCUUUAAGAAGCACGGCAUUCAGGGUCUUUAUCGUGGGGUUGCCGUUACGAUGCCUCGCGCUCUGCUCGGCAGCGGAGGACAGCUGGCCGCGUUCGGAUACACGAAAGACUUCCUGGAGCGGCGUCCGAUUGUGGCGAAGCAAAGCGAAACCUUUGUGUCGACUGUUGCCGGUGCGGUCGGUGGCACGGUAAUGGCCGUCACAAUGACUCCGCCAGACGUUAUAGCAACGAGGCUGUACAAUCAGGGUGUGGAUGCAGGAGGUAGGGGCAUUUACUACAACGGGGUAGUGGAUUGUUUUAUUAAAAUCCUGAAGGCGGAAGGAGUGGCCGGGCUGUAUAAAGGAUUUUGGCCACACUAUAUGCGGAUCGGUCCGCACGCAACGUUGGUGUUACUAUUUUUCGACGAGCUGAAGACGAUGCGCAGGAAAUAUUAUGAGGCUAAAUGAGUUUAGCUGGUUGCGCAGCUCAGCUAGUACGAAUGUUGUUAUUUCCAUGUUAAAACACACUCAGUAGUUAUUGUAAACGAAUCAAGCGCUAGUUAGUUUCGAUAAAUAUAUAAAACAUUGUUAAACUAUU